GUUAACUUUGUUAUUUAGUUCAUUCGGCACCGUAACCCACACAGAAUGGUUUUGACACAUGACGUGGAAACUGGUGCUGUCUUUAACCGGUUUUUAGUUUGAUUUGAUAUGGCUGUUUAGCUAACUACGUAACGGUAGCUAACAUUAACCAACGUUGCUUUAGCAAGGCUGGCAUUCACUUGGUUGGCUUGGAGGCUUGCUGUUGUCUGGCUGAAACUCUUCGUAUGAUGGGGACUAUGACUGGGAGCCUCCAACAGAGGCGGAGAUGAAGGUGAUCCAGGCUCGCAGGGAGCGGCAAGACAAAAUCAGCAAACUGAUGGGAGAAUAUCUACUCAAAGGAUACAAGAUGCUGGGAGAGUGUUGUGAGCUGUGUGGGACAAUUCUUCUCCAGGACAAGCAGCAGAAAAACUACUGUGUGUCGUGUCAGGAGCUGGACUCUGAUAUUGACAAGGACAACCCUGCUCUAAAUGCUCAGGCAGCACUGUCUCAGGUGAGAGAAAGACAGCUUGCAGCCCAGCCCCCUGCACCGUCCCAAACCCAUACACUGAAUGGAGGCCCCAGCACCAGCCAGUGCAGCGGGUCAGUUCCUCAACCCAGACCAGAGCACUGUGAGGGGGCGGCUGCAGGGCUGAGAGGCCCCCUGCCUGCACCUGCUGUCCCUGCUUCUGCAGCUCCUGCCCCCAACAAAGUCCUGGCCUCCACCUACCCGCCUACUGUCCCCUCUGGCUCCCUAUCAAGCAGCAGUGCCCAACAUUCUGUGUUAGAUGAUGCCCAGGACGCCAUUCUAACCAAACUUCGUUGGGCCACUUCCCAACUACAGAGUUCUGCCUCAGUGGAGGCAAGUAUCCAGUUGUGCAGCCUCAUUGCCAGCUGUGCCCAGUCACUGCGCAGCCUCAAAGAGCUCAACCAAUAGCCAUCCUGGACUGGCUGGGCCCACACGUUAAUGGGAACGCUUGUCCCGCCUGUCUGUGUUUUGGUUAAUAACUCUGGUCUGCUGCUUUGCAACAACUCUCUUUGACUGAACCCAUGCAUAGAGUUGAAUGCAGAAUUGGGCAACAAUGCACUUGAAGUGGAAUUAAAAUGUUAAAAGUGUAUGUCAGAUAUCCUCUUGUCAGUAGGGCAGGUGUGAAUAUCACUUUAGAGGCAUUCACUGGAGUUUAUGAACAUAACUUUGAACAUUUGUCCGUGUUUCCCCCCCUAGGUGAUAGAAAAAAAUAACCUGCAAGCAUUCAUUGUUGUGAUACGUUGAAAACCAAUUGUCAUAAUAUUAUUUUAAAAGGCUACAACUAUAUUCUAUUGUAAAAAAUAAAGCUAGCAUGUUAGGGGCAGAAAUGUUCCUACUAAUGAAAGUUUGAUAUUCAAACUCAGCACUAAACAAAUGGAUGCUUUGAACCUUUUCAUAGUUUAGACCAGCCCAGGGUGACAGAAACUUAAAAACCCUUUGAAGUUGACAAACACCUUGCUAGCAGAGAUGAAGCUUCAGGUUUCUGGGAGCCACAUUGAUCUGGGUGACUAUUAGCCUCCACUCAGAAAUUUGGCCAUAGAGGAAUAUUUUGUAUUAGUCUGGUCUAAAAUCACCUGUUUGGGCAUGUUGGGUGUAAAGCCUCCAUCCCUUCUUCCAAGAAACGUAAAUGAAGUUUCAUUUCAUACUCAAGUGCAGUAUAAGCCCCAUAAUACCACUUUCAAGGUUACUGAUACUAUUAAGAUUAGUAAUUAUAGUAUUAAUAAUGCCAUUGUUAUUUGCCCAGCUUUUUCUAACUGCAUAAAAUGAGUUGUUAUUCUAUGCUGUGAAAUUCAUAUUGGAUCAAAGUCUGCACACUUAUACACAUGUAUUGGGAGUGUGUAUACUUACAUGCAACACACCCACGGUGUAGUUGACCCAUAAUUACAGACAUCAUUCACAUCUGCCCUGGUAUAUUUAUAAUUCGACCAUCAUCAUCACUUGGAGGACAACUGGUGCUAGAAGUAAAACAACUGAUGUAAUGCACAUUUUCUAUAAAUCAGUAGUUUCAAUUCACGGGACAAGAACAUGCAGAUUUUUAUUCGAAUCACACACAAUCAGCUGGUUUCAGUGGCACAACUUCAACUAGAGAGGGACUGGCUGUUUGAACUGGUUGUGUUUGGUGGAAAUGAAACAUGCAUGCUCAUGUCUCUUGAUGGCAUGUGAUGUCUAUUAUAAAAUUUUGGACUUGCGUUAUGUUCCUGAACGCCUGUUAUUUGAUCUGACACUGAUUCUGCACACAUCUUUCAGCCUAGCUGUUAUUUCAUGCUCAAAAACACCUGUUCUCUGUGGGUGCCUCUCAGGUGAUGGAAGGUUUGGUAUUUUUAUGUCGGCUCCUCCGAAGUCCUUUGAAGUAAAGAGUAAUUGCAUGAUGAUUUUGGUCAUUUGAUUCAGUAAUGUGCAGGAUGGGAAGGGCAUUAUUGAGGAGUUACAGACUUGGGUGCAUGGUUCAACAUACGCCUGCAUGAUCUGAUGGAAGAAUGGCUUGCAGGGAUAAUUAAGUCUGUAUAGAACAACUGAACUGUUUGUGUAUUGUACAAUAUUAGACACUUUGUAUGGAAACAACCUAUCUCAGUGUUGUAGAAGGCAGAGUCUGAGUUCUUAAUUGUGUACCAGAAUAAAGCGUUGCCUGAACAGUCA